AUGACCACUACAGUUCCGAAGGUUUUUGCGUUCCACGAGUUUGCUAGAGUGGCCGAGGCCGUAGCGGACCACGUGGUGCACGCGCAGAAUACUGCGCUAGAGGAGAAGGAGAAGCCGUCUUCGGCUUCCGCCAGCUCGAGCAUUGGGAAUGGGAACAGCAGCGGCCACGGGGGUCUCCAAGGACCCUCUAGUCUCACGAAUAUGGGCAACUCGCAGCAUGUGUUCCGAUCGGUCUCCACAAGAAGCCUGCGGAACGGCUCGAUCUCGCAAUCGAAGAACAAGAAGAUCAAGGAGCGCAGGUUUAAGAUCGCGAUAUCGGGCGGUUCUUUGAUUCAGGUCUUGCAUGAGGGACUUUUGAAGAGACGAGAUGUGCGGUGGGAUAAGUGGGAUAUCUACUUCGCUGACGAGCGGUUGGUGCCUUUUGAGUCGCCCGAGAGUAAUUAUGGACAGGCUAAGCGGCAGAUAUUUGAUAUGAUAGAUACCGAACACUACGGAGAACCGAAUGUUUAUCAUAUUAAUGAGGCAUUGAUCGUCGAUCCGCAGGAGUGUGCUGACGACUACGAAAAGGCCCUUAUCAGGGGCUUUGCUGGCAGAGAUUCCGUAAAGUUGCCGAUGUUUGACUUGCUGCUUUUGGGCUGUGCUCCGGAUGGCCACAUAGCGUCCCUCUUUCCCAAUUUUCAGGAGUCGUUGCGGGAGCGCUUCGCUUGGGUGAUCCCUGUGACGAAUGCACCAAGUGGCCCACCAAACAGAUUAUCGUUGACUAUACCAGUCAUUUGUCAUUCUCAUCAGGUUACAUUUGUGGUGGAAGGAGCCACAAAGGCUCCGGUUAUUAAAACGAUAAUGGAAAGACCAGAGAAAGGACUCCCAAGCAGUAUUGUUAAUGAGGGUGCAGCAGGACGUGUCUCGUGGUUUGUAGACAACGACGCAUUAACCGACGUCAUGGUAACCAAAAAAGUGUACAAAUUUUUGGUUACAAAUCCAAACGUGUGA